CAUAUAUGCGGGCUCUACAAACCCGGACCAGAUGGUGAUCUUUGUAUGUGCACAUCUAAUCUAUACUAUACUACACGUUCUACACACAUUAAAUAGCACACACUGACCAACAAUGCCUAUCAUCGUUUCAAUUUCAACAACAAUGGCUUCUAUGUGGACUUCACUCGGAAAAUGCAUUUGUGAGGAUUCGUGUGAUUUGAUUUCGCCUCACGGUCAGAGAAUUAUCUUAGAUUUGUUGAAUUUACUGUUUGUGGUUGUGUUUUAUUCAGUUUUGUUAGUAGUUUACCUAAAUAAGUAUAGAGUAAGUGAGAAUCGGUUUAGGAGAAGCGACUGGAUAUCGUUAUCGGUUGCGGUAUGCUGUUUUGUAACCGCUGGUGCGUAUGUUGGAGAUUGUUUAUGGGAGGUGGUAGGUAGAAGUAGGAACUUUAGUUGUUUCGAUUGGGGGAGGGGCGUUGGGAGAGGAGUUAUAUGGAUGACUUUGACUGUUUCGUUGGUCGUAGAAAGGUCAAAGUUUGUUAAAGUAUUAGUUUCUGUUUGGUGGAUGUUACUGUUUGUGAGUAUGUCGAUUAUAGAAAUCGAGAAUUUAGUAGAGAAACAUAGAAUUAUGCUCUUGGAGUUCGUCGAAUGGGUUGUCGGUUUCUUACUUUUCGUUUGUGCUUUGAGAAAUGGCAAAGAAUUUGUCACUCAACGGGCACGGGAGCACUUAUUAGAUCCUCUAUUGGAGAAUGGAACUAAGGAAGAGGAUAGAAAGUUUAGAAACGAAGUAGACGAGCCUUCUUUUCUCAGCAAAUUGGUGUUUUCGUGGGUAAACCCGUUAAUUUCGUUAGGUUAUAGAAAGCCGCUAGUUCUUGAAGACAUUCCGCCUUUAGCACCUAAAGACCAAGCUCUCGUUGCAUAUGAGCAAUUUAAAACAGCGUGGGACUCACUUCAACGGGAGAAAACGUCAAACCAUGUUAACCUAGUUGGCAGGGCGUUAAAAAGAGUUUAUUACAAAGAAAUGGUACUCAUAGGAAUUUACGCCUUGAUCAGGACUAUCGCAGUCAUAUUUGGUCCUUUGUUGCUCUACGCGUUUGUCAACUAUUCGAAUCGUGAGGUAGAAAAUUUACGGUAUGGAGUACUAUUGGUGGGGUGUUUGAUUGUAGUCAAGGUGCUUGAAUCAUUGUCUCAGAGACAUUUUUUCUUUGAUGCAAAAAGAUUAGGCAUGAGGAUGCGAUCGGCUUUAAUGGUGGCGGUAUAUGAUAAACAACUCAAACUUUCUAGUUUCGGGAGGAAACGGCAUUCGACAGGAGAGGUUGUAAAUUACAUAGCGGUUGAUGCAUACAGAAUGGGUGAAUUCCCGUUGUGGGUUCAUGUGGGUUGGACUUCUUUCGUUCAGUUAUUUCUAGCCAUUGGUGUUCUUUUCUCGGUUGUAGGAGUCGGUGUUCUCCCCGGGUUAGUCCCGCUUUUCUUGUGCGGGAUUUUAAACGUACCGUUUGCAAUUUCACUUCAGAAAUGUCAGUUACAGUUUAUGAUCGCACAAGAUAAGAGGCUUAGGUCCACGUCUGAGAUCCUAAACAAUAUGAAGAUCAUCAAGUUACAAUCAUGGGAAGAGAGAUUCAAGAAUUUAAUCAAUUCUUGUAGAGAAAAUGAAUUCAAAUGGUUAAGUGAGUCUCAGUAUCAAAAGGCUUACGGGUCGGUUUUGUAUUGGAUGUCACCAACCAUCGUUUCUUCAGCUGUACUCUUUGGGUGUGCGUAUUUCAAUAGCGAUUCUUUAAAUGCCGCCACAAUUUUCACGAUUUUGGCUACUUUAAGAACGAUGUCUGAGCCGGUCAAAUACUUUCCUCAGGCUCUCUCAAUGUUGAUCCAAACUAAAGUGUCGUUUGAUAGGAUUAAUUCAUUUCUGGUUGAGAAUGAACUAGAAACUGAAGGAGUGAUUAAAGAUCAAGAGAAAAGAAAUUCGAGCGUAUGUGUCAGAAUACAACAUGGCAAUUUCAGUUGGGAUCCAGAAUCUUCUUGUCCAACACUUAGAGAUAUAAAUAUAGAGGUUGCUAGAGGACAGAAAGUCGUCAUUUGUGGGCCCGUUGGUGCUGGAAAAUCGUCACUAUUGUACGCUAUACUCCGAGAAAUAACCAGAAAUUCAGGAACUGUGGAUGUUUUCGGAUCAAUUGCUUACGUUAGUCAAGCUUCCUGGAUUCAAAGUGGGACAAUACGCGAUAACGUACUCUAUGGGAAAUCAAUGGACAAAAUCAGAUAUAAAAACGCCAUUGAAUCUUGUGCGUUGGAUAAGGAUGUCAACGAUUUUGACCAUGGUGAUCUAACGGAAAUAGGUCAAAGGGGACUUAAUAUGAGCGGUGGUCAAAAGCAGAGGAUUCAGCUCGCCAGAGCGGUCUACGAUGAUGCUGACAUAUAUCUUCUUGAUGACCCCUUUAGUGCUGUAGAUGCGCAUACAGCAGCAACUCUUUUUAAUGAUUGUGUUAUGACCUGUUUAAGGGAGAAAACAGUCAUUCUUGUUACUCAUCAAGUGGAGUUUCUCUCAGCGGUUGACCACAUUCUGGUUAUGGAAGAUGGUCGAAUUACUCAAUCGGGAAUGUACAAGGAUCUCAUAAUGGCAGGCACAGCUUUUGAGCAGCUUGUGAACGCUCACAAAAAUGUUAUAACUGAAUUGGAGUCUUCAUCUCAUGAAAACAAAAGUGGUCACAUAAAAGAUACAAAUAGUUUAAAGCAUAGAAAUGAAAUUAACGAGGAGAUAUCAAAGAAAUCUGUUCAGUUAACCGAGCAAGAAGAGAAACCGAUCGGUGAUGUCGGGUGGAAGCCUUUUUUGGAUUAUAUCGUUAUCUCAGAGGGUCGUGUUUUCUUUUUGUCAAGUCUGCUAACCCAACUCGGUUUUUCCGCUCUUCAGGCUGCAGCCAGUUAUUGGCUAGCAUUUGCAGUUAAAGUUCCGAAAUUCACCAGUGUCAUUUUAAUCGGUGUUUAUGCAUUGAUUUCGGUCACGAGUUCUUUUUUUGUUCUUUUACGAUCUUUGUCGACUACCCUUUUGGGAUUAAAAGCCUCUAAAGCCUUCUUUUCAAAUUUCACCGAUUCGAUUUUCAGUGCACCCAUGUUGUUUUUUGACUCUACGCCAAUUGGACGAAUUCUAACACGAGCUUCGACAGAUUUGAAUGUAUUGGAUUUUGACAUACCCUUCUCAUUUGCUUUUGUGGUGACUUCUGGUAUCGAGUUGCUCACGAUAAUCACUGUUAUGGCAUCAGUAACAUGGCAAGUCCUCAUUGUAGGAAUUUUUGCUCUAGUAGCUACUAAAUAUUUCCAGGGGUUAUAUCAACCAUCUGCAAGGGAACUUAUCAGAAUCAACGGAACAACAAAAGCACCUGUGGUAAAUUACGCAUCCGAAACAUCACUUGGUGUAGCUACAAUACGCGCGUUUAAGAAAGAGGAUCAUUUUUUUGAAAAUUACUUAAAGUUAGUCGACAUUGAUGCGCGUGCGUUCAUUUUCACAAACGCAACACUGGAGUGGUUGGUUUUGCGAGCAGAAGCACUUCAAAGCCUGACACUAUUUACCGCUGCUAUUUUUCUAGUUUUACUUCCAAAGGCUUAUAUACCUCCAGGGUUAGUUGGGCUUUCACUUUCGUAUGCACUGGCACUGACAAAUGCGCAUGUGUUCUUGACAAGAUGGUAUUGUAGUCUCUCGAAUUACAUUAUAUCAGUAGAACGGAUCAAACAAUAUAUGCACAUUCCACCCGAGCCUGCAGCAGUUGUGGAGGGAAAUAGACCGCCAUCUUCUUGGCCGUUAAAGGGUAGAAUUGAGCUCCAUGAAGUUAAGAUUAGGUACCGUCCCAAUGCUCCACUAGUUCUCAAAGGAAUUACUUGCACAUUCAAAGAAGGGACCCGCAUCGGCAUUGUUGGACGGACAGGGAGCGGAAAAACAACAUUAAUAACUGCACUUUUCCGUCUGGUAGAACCCGAUAGUGGAACAAUUCAUAUAGACGGUUUGGACAUUUGCUCUAUAGGACUAAAAGACCUCAGAAUGAAACUAAGUAUCAUCCCUCAAGAACCAACGCUUUUCAAGGGUAGUAUAAGAACAAACUUGGACCCAUUAGAACUUCACUCUGAUGAUGAAAUAUGGAAGACAUUGGAGAAAUGCCAGCUUAGGAAUACCGUUAGCAGUCUCCCAAACGGUUUAGGUUCUUCAGUGAGUGAUGAAGGGGAAAAUUGGAGUAUGGGUCAACGCCAGCUGUUCUGUCUUGGAAGAGUGUUGCUGAGGAGAAACAGGAUUCUAGUUCUUGAUGAAGCAACUGCAUCCAUUGAUUCCGACACUGAUGCCAUUGUACAGAGGAUUAUACGGCAAGAAUUUUCAAGCUGCACAGUCGUUACCGUGGCCCACAGAAUUCCAACUGUAAUAGACAGUGACAUGGUCAUGGUUCUAUCUUCUGGUGAGAUGAUGGAAUAUGAUGAACCCUCAAAGCUAAUGGAAUCGGAUUCCUAUUUCUCAAAGCUUGUUAACGAGUACUGGUCCAGUUGCAGGAGUAGCUCUGCUCCAAAAUGAAAACAUUUUUUACUCUUACCGGGACCUUCAUUUGACAUAAAUACUUGUGAAAGGCUGCUUGACGCUGCUUGACAUACAAACGGUCGUUUAAAAUUCGGGGCCCAUGAUUUGACGUAAACUACUCCACAAAGCCGUUUGAUUCAAGCUCAAAUGGCCGUUCGACAAGGGUGUGGGAUUAGAAAGCAAGGGGCGUGGGUAUAGUCGACCUAAUGAACUAGACAACUAGUAGCUGUAUCGCUGUGAGAAUAAACUGGGGCUUUCAUGAUUUUGAUU